UAAGUAAACCAGAGCCCGGUGAGCUGGAACGGGCCAGAAUCUGAGGUGUGAGUAGAGCCUGGGGGAGAGUGGAUCCAGGUGAAGAGGGCAGAGGGCUUGAGUCAGUGUGAAAAUCGGGGGAUGGGUGAGAUAUCUCCCUCCAGCAGCAGCACUUAGGCCACAUUACCCUCUGAGGAAUCCACAUUUGUCUUAGAUAGUUACCUGUGCAGGGAUCAGUCCAUUUAUUCCUCUCUAUUUUCUCUGACAGCUGGAUGAAAGGGACUGAGAGUUUUCGUCCUCUUGAAUAAGAACUCAACAAUAGAGUGGGAACUUUCUGUCUUGUGAUCGAUUGCCUGGCUUUCUGUAUUUGUCUGAAUGCCUUCAUGGGAGUGUGCGGCAGGAAGGCGGCGCUGGAGCACAGAGGACACUUGAUCGUGUGGUGCGCAGGGCGGGGGGCCGCCGCUGCCUCCCCACGGGAUGGCUGGCACUGUGCUCGGAGUCGGUGCGGGCGUGUUCAUCUUAGCCCUGCUCUGGGUGGCAGUGCUGCUGCUGUGUGUGCUGCUGUCCAGAGCCUCCGGGGUGGUGAGGAAUUGGGAAUUACCAAGAAUAAAUGGGAAUGCACCCAGCUGGUACCUGUCUAGGAGGAAGGACUUUGGGAUGAAGAGGUUCUCUGUCAUUUUUUUAUUCUUCGGUGCUGUGAUCAUCACAUCAGUUCUGUUGCUUUUCCCACGAGCUGGUGAAUUCCCAGCCCCAGAGGUGGAAGUUAAGAUCGUGGAUGACUUUUUCAUUGGCCGCUAUGUCCUGCUGGCUUUCCUUAGCGCCAUCUUCCUUGGAGGCCUCUUCUUGGUUUUACUCCAUCAUGUUCUCGAGCCGAUCUAUGCCAAACCACUGCGCUCCUACUGACCACCCUUCAGGAAAACGAAAACCUGUUCUCUCCUUCAUUGUGAUGACACUGAUGAGCAGGAAGUCACUAUUCAGAGCCUUGUUUUGACAGCCCUCAUGCCUUAAGGUUAGAGGAGUAUCCGUCCAUCACUAAGACAAAUCUCUUGAGUCCUGGCUUCCAGAAACAGGAUUGCUAAAUUGUCCCUGUGGGGCUAGAUUCUUACCAGCUUAAGAAGGAUAUUGCUAUCUUCUUAGUACCCGUACCUUAGGAUUUCCAACUGUUUUGAAAGGGAAAUAGUAACAGUGAUCUGCUUAGAGUGGAUUUUCACUCAAGUCCUUAGUAAGUGGAUUUUGGGGAAAAGAGCACAUAGGCUUCUGGUUCUUUUUGAUAAUAUAUAAAAUUCUUCUUUAUGAGGUUGCAGUCGUUUGCAAAGGAGAGGCACUCAAAUUUGAAAGGUUAUUUUAAUGUGAUAAUUUGGAAGACUUACUCAGAUGUUGGUCAUGGACCACUCUGCAUAUAUUUCUGCAGAGCUCUAUGAAGGCAAUGAGUGUCACUUCCCUCUGCUCUAAUGAAGCAAUAAAUAAUAGCUAAAGGGCUACUUUCACUUCGAACUCUUGGCCACGGCUUUUUGAAUCAAUUAUCUUUAGAUUUCCUUGGGAUUAGAGGAAAGGUAUGGAAAUACUGUUUUUUGUUUUUUGUCUUGCCAUGUAUCUGUAGGUUUUUUUCUUCCACGAUGUGGUGGGCUCCGUGUGCCUUAUUUAAUUACUAUGAGUCCAUUUUGGGGUGUCUUCUCUUUUCAUCUUUGUAGCCCUUUCUCCAAAGCUAGUGAGGAAAGUAUAUUCUCAACAUCAGAUAAAGCUCUAUACCUGUCUGAUCUCCCAGACCAAAUGAAAUUUGCAUUAAAUGGAGGGGCUCUGGUCAGGUUCCACUUUGGAAGUCUGAUCCUGACUCCCCAGAGCCAUUUGAAAAAGAAUCUUCUGGCUUAAAAUUAAGAACCAAGAAAACAAGUUGGAAAGAGAUCACUGAUGGAGUACAUGCUCUAUGCCAGUAGCACACUAAUUCCUUUGAGGUUUAAAUUUAUUUAAUUUUUACAACGGUCUCAUUUUUAUCAUCCCCACUUUAAAGUAGAAAAAAUGGAAGCUUAAAGAGAUCAACUGACUUGCCCAACCUUCACCUAACAGCCAGUGUGCAAACCCAGGUGUGGUAGGCCCCAGGGCUUGUCUCAGAAAGAAAACACACUGGGCUUUGUGGAACUCUGAUUGAGAGCUUGAGGUAGGGUAAGGCCACUGUUCCUUCACUUUCUCUCCUCAAUUCUGUUUUCAGGGUAGAGAAGGUACCCAGUCCUGCCACCCCAGAGGCAACUAAGCUCUAAAUUCCAAGAAGAGAGAACAGGUACCCAUUGAGAGUCAUGGGCUGGUGAGGGCCAGGUAUAGUUAUCCCUACAUUGAACCAUUUCCUUUAUCUUACUUAGUUUGGAAAAACUUUGCAGAUAAGGCUUUGUACAGAAAACUUCAAAGGAAAUAGUUUCCUAAUCUGGCCUAGGGCACACAGGUAAGAAAGGAAGAAACAUCCUCUAAGCAGAUUGAGGGAGAGAAAAAAGAAUGCUAAGUCUUGAGGGAAUUGAGACAAGCUGGGGGCCUCAUGCUAUUGUGCUACUCUGUGAGUCUCCCUGCAGCCCAAGUGGAAGCUUGGCUCCUGACAAACACAAGCUGCCAAUUGUCACCUUCUUCUGAGAGCCUUGCUAAAAAAGUAACUCUGGGAAAACUCUUAUAGGUUCCUGACCAUAAAUCCAUCUUUUUUAUUCCCCCCAAAAGUUAUUCAACUAUUAGAUCAAUGGAUAAUAACUAUGAGGUUUUGGGUGACUAUUUAGAUGGAAGAAAGUGUAUUAAGGUUGGAAACUAAAUUCUAUCCUUAAUACUACUGUUUUCUAAUUUUUGUUUUUUUGCCUGAUGUAAAUGACAGGCUUAUAUGUUAAAGAUUGGCUUUAGGCAAAAAAAAAAAAAAAAAAAAAAAAAAAAUUCUGUGCAAAGUUUAUUUCAGCUUGACUUGACCUACAGUCUACAGACCUGGAGUCUAUAAUUACCAGCUGUGGUGAAAUGAAUGAUAGAUUUCUUUCUACCUGCAUACUCAAUGCAGUUAUGCAAAAAAAGCCCCGCGGGGUUGGGAUAAGACGUAGAAGGCUGAGAGGGCUCAAAAUGAAUUUCACUGAGAGUUUGGCAUGAGAUAACCCUAUAGUCAGUGCCUGUUAUGGUACCCUGUAUGCUCGUGGCCUUCUUGGAGACAGGGCUCAGAGGUCAUUCCUUAAAUACAGACAGAAGUCAUCUUAGUGUUCAGAACCAUUCUGUGAUCAGUGGCCUUAGAACGUGUUCCCUCCUAUACUGUUCCCUACCCAGAGGGGAUCCUGUGGCAGACUGGUGAUCCCCACUGUUUAGAAGGUGGAGAGGGAGAGUAAAUCUGGGUUUCUAUAUAAGAAAAUAGGUUAUUUCGUAGCGUCUUAAAAUUGUAUCCUGACAAAAGCUGAAUUAGCAAGAUACCACCCUAUCCCAGUGGAGAUCACAGUGGGUAAUUUGUUGAUAAGCUCCUUCAAUUUUUCACUUUUAAAAAUGGAAGUAAAGCUACCAUUCUUUGUGUACAAUGUAAAUUUAAUGUAAAACUGCAUCAGAAUUACCAUACCAAUGUCCAGGGACUAGGAAGUACGUAGCCAUUCAUUCUCGCAUCCUGCCGUUCAUUCAGCAUGUAUCAUGUGCCCAUAGGGUGUAAAGCACUAGUCCUGGUGCAGUAAGUCCAUCAGAGAACUAGGCUGUGAGGUGUCUAGACUGUCUUCCUCACUCCAUCCUGGAAGGAGGGCAUCCCAUUUAUUUUUAAAUGUUUUUAUUCUAACACAAAGCAAUCCAUUUUUUGUUCUGUUAUUUAACAGAAACUUUAGUAUCAACUCUAUUUCAUGGUUGUUGCAGUUGAAGUGUUUCUGGUUUAUUUUUUGCUCAAUGUGUAAAGAAACCUGCUGUGAUUAUUUUACAGAUGAGAAACAGGCAGAGAGGACAAGGGAUUUAGAAAGUUUCACAGUUAAUUAGAAGUGGGGUCCAACUUGACAUCAGGAGUCCUGACAUCUCAUUUCUCAAAUAGUUUAAAGAUCACUUUUGGCUUUCAAGUAACUCCUUAUUUUUACAUUGGUUAAUACUGUUUCUUAGCUAUUUGUACCUGACAUUUUCCUAACACAUAUCCAAAAAGGUAAAAGUUUCAUUAAAAGAUUCUAAUGAUCAUUUUAGUAUGAAUAACAAACUUCAAUCAUAAUUCCUUUGCUUAAACCUUUAAGUAUCUGGCUGUUACAUAGAAAUGAAUUUCCAGAUGUGAGAAUCAGAACCGUAUGGAAACGAAUCUGGAAAAGUGUUGAUUAUCCUCAUAGGAGCAUAAGAACUCAGGAUUGGAAGAGAUUUUAUAGUUCAUAAAGUUCAACCUUUAAUCUCUAUUUCCAUCCCAAUACUUGGAAAUAAGUCUAGGGUUCCACAUGUCAAAAUAACAAUUUUUGUUACAUUUAGCAAACAUGUGCUGGGCAUUUUUCUAAGUGUGUUGUAAGCAUUAUGUCUUCCUCAUAUUGGCCCUAUGAAGUAGGUACUCUUAGUAUCCCCAUUUCACAGAUGGGGAACAGGCACAGGCUGGUAGGGGUAAACAGGAGUCAGGAUCCGAAGUCAGGCAGUUUGGCUGUAGAGUCUAAGAGCCUGACUACUUUCUGUUAUGGGGCGUUGCUCCAUAAGAUAAACUCGAAGGAAAAGGAGGGGCAAGGGCAGGCAGUGCAAAUCCACUUGACAGAAAUACCAAGGAAAAGUAGCUGAGUCUGGUGGAAAAACCAGAAUCUUAGGAAUUGAGCAGGAGUCUGGGGAAAAGCGUGAACAGGCAUGCAGGCCUCAGAGAUAGCUUCACCCGUUAGCCCAGUGUUUCUGGCAGGCCUCUGCUGUUAGACUUUGGUUGUCCCCUUGCUCAGAGAUACUAAACAGCUGAGCUGCUAGUAGACUAGGUUUUCAAGUUUCGAGAACCCUGCCACCUCUCUUGUAAGCACCGUCCAGCUGGAAUGUUGAGACUUGGGCCGGUUUUCAGAGGUGCCAAUGGCAGAAUCAAAGCCACACACCAGGAAUUUUUGUUUUGUUUUGUUUUCUACUUGAUCUCUGUCCCUAGCAGAUUAUUGGUGGUGACUGUUUAUGCAAAAAAAAAAAAAAAAAAAAAAAAAAAUUUCUGAGUCCCUACCCCCACCCUCUUUUCUCAGUUUCCUGCCACCAAACAAAUGAGAGCUGGGAUUGAAAUCAGGCUCAGUGCCACACAGACAGAAUGAGAAAGUGUGUUUUUAAUGGUUUACAUCACAUCAUGCUGGGGAUGAUACUGUCUGUGCAUUUAGCCCAAGUCCUGCCCUCGGAGAACUCUUGGGUGAGGUGGUCACAUGGUAGCCCUUAUGCUGUGCCUAAAUGCUAUGAGGCCAGCCCUUUCACUUGUUUUAAGCUUUGGGGAUUUCUUUUGUUUGCCUGUGGUUAUUUUCCUGCCGUUAAAUUGGUCAUACCCCAGUUUUACACUGGGAAUAUUAUCAAUUUCCUAUUACUGUUGUAGCAGAUUGCCAUAGACUUACUGGUUUCGAACAAUUCAUUUAUCGCUCCGGGGGUCAGAAACCAGAAAUGGGUUUCAGGGGGUAAAGGAAAGGCUUUGGAGCCUCGAGAGAACCCAUUUCCUUGCCUUUUCCACCUUCUAGAGGCCGCCCCCGUCGCCCUGGCUGGUGGACCCUUCCUCAGUCUUCAAGGUCAGCAGAGCAGCAUCUGCCAAUCGCCAACACUCCUGCCUCCCUCUGUGAUUCAUCCAGAGCCCUGUGAUUCCACUGGGUCCACCCCAUCAGUCUUUCCAUCUCAAGAUCCUUAAUCACAUAUGCAAAAUCUCAUUUGCCAUGUAAGGUAACAUUCACUGGUUCUGAAAAUUAGGAUGUGGACAUCUUAUGGGGGCACAUUGUACCUGUCACAGAAUAUAGGGCCCCUUCUCCCCUAAGCAUUGCCUCCUUCCACCCCCAUCUGCCAUCCUCCCUACCCCACACCUUUCAGUAGGAGCUAUGCUCCUUUGUCACUUCUCAGGAUUCCCAACAGCGACUCUCCCACCCCCACUCAGACACUCAGAUGUGUUGAGUUCCUCCUGCCAGCCUCAGUCUUAGUGGCGGCCUCAUGGUGCUAGGACCGACCAAGAGCUUCUUUCCUUUUCUUUUCUUUGCCUCUUGCCUCCUCCUCCUCCUCCCCGAGCCACCCCACACACUCUCGCCCAGCCUCCCAGUGGAUCUCUAAGGGAGAAACGCAAAGAGUUAUUGCUUUUUAAUUACAAGUGCUAUUGUAGCAUCUAUAAGGAAGAACAUUUUAAGCUUAAUUGAGACCAAAUGUGAAGUUAAAUUAAAUGAAUAACUAAUUAACGUAAUACUCCUACAUUAGCCCUGUGUGAGUGAGUGCUGAGGCCCAGGGAGAAGGCAGGUACCAGGCCUCUGGUGAACAGGCCGUGCCCAGAGCUGCCCCAACAGGGCCAGGAACCUGGGACCUGGGAGAUGGGUGCAGACAGGCAGAUCUCAGUGCUGGGGUUCCCCCAACCUUCAGUAUUUUUUCCAACUCCUUACCCACAGCCUAAGUCCUCAUUUCUGAGGCCAGACCCUGAGCUCCCACAAUGCCUUUUGCAUGUGUCUAGUGCCACACUUACCUGCUGGUAGGAGCCAAUGCCAUUUGUUCAGUUUUCAGUCUCUAAGGCCUAACAUCCUAGGAGUUGGAUAAGUAUUCAUGUUAACUUCCUCCCUCUUCCACUGCCCCUCACUACCUUAUCAAAUGAAUCAUCCAAGUCCUGAGAAUUCUGCCUUCAUAAGGAAGAAGGACUCUUCCCAUUGCCCCUGGAAUCGCCCUUCUGCCAGCCAUGUUCCUGCGUGGCUGGACUAAUGAACAGCAUAGCUCUCACCUGGAGUCGCUGUCUCCGUGUGUUUUCCUAUUUCUCCCCUAACUAGACAAGUUCUUCAAGGGCAGGAGUGUGUUGAGUUUGUGUCUCCCUUCAUACCAAUCCUAUGAGGUAGGUAAUGUCACCAUUUUCCUGAUGAUGAAACAGGCUUAAAGUUAGUAAGCAGUGCAGCUGGGGAAGAGAAGACCUCGAGAGACCCAUUCCUCUUCCCCUGCCCUCUGAAGCAGAAAGCAAGCUGAAAGUCUGAAAAGUCAAGAGGCUCCUGCUCAUGUCUCUCUUCAGGAAAGCAGGAUGGAACCACAGCCCACCCUGGGGCUGUAUGAUGGGAUUGGGUCACCAUCUAGUGGCUCAUAUAAGCAACACAGCUUCUCCUUAAACUCCUUAAUUAUAAGUGUGCUAUUGGAGCAUCUAUAAGGAAGAACAUUUUAAGCUUAAUUGAGACCAAUGUGAAGUUAAAUGAAUAACUAAUUUCAUUUCAUUCUCAAUGUCAAAGAGCAGCAGAGAGCAGCUUUCCUGAAUGCUGAACAUAAGACCAGAGUAUAGCUCUUGCCCCUGUGGGCCCUGAGGACUUGGAGGUCCCUGGCUGACUCCUACGCUCAGAGCUGAAGUGACUGCAGGCAGGAGGAGCCUUCCUUGUUUGUUGCCAUUGGCGCCUGUGCAGCCUGCUUCAGUGUGGAAGGGUGUGUAUCUGGCUAAUGCAUCAGCCCACAACGUCCCAGGAAAUGCAAGGCUUUUAUCUUGUGUGGCACUCUAAGCUCCCAGUUUGCCCACACAUCGUCAGUGUCAUGAGCAUCCCCUUCAGGAAUGCCCACUGUCAUCAGCUUUAAACUACCCACCUGAUGGUCCUGGGACCCCACUUCAGCACCCUAUGCCAGCCCCGCUCACUGCCAAGCCAAGCCCUGACAAGGAUGAGCAUGGGAGCAGCAGGUCAAAGGGAAUCUAUUGGUGCCAGUGGGCAACUUUAGGCUCAGAUGGAGAUGCCAAGAGCUAGCCAGAAGAUAGCGAGUGAUCUGGGACUUGGGGUGGAAGGAGGACAUAGAAAAGUGGAAAAGGGAGCGGCAGAUGGCACCAGGCGACCACACCUGCAGCAGCUGCCUGAAUGAACCAUUCAUGCCCUCACGUCUUGCCAGUCUUGUCACCGUUGGCACCUGUGUUCAGGGCAUAAGUCCUUCUUGUGUCUAUUGUCUACUCCAUUCCUAGAGCAGAGCUGGCAUACAGUAGGCACUCCUUGGCAUUUCAUUCUCAAAAUACUUAAUACACAUACUGGUAUUUUUAGUCAGGCCAACUCCUCUUUCUACUCUCCCCACAGCACUGGCCCCCAGUCACCUUCCACUGAGGACAUUAUGGGGCCGGGAUCAGAGUGAGGCAAGGGAGGCACUCAGGGCCGGCAUGUGCCCAAGAGGGAGUGCCCCCUCAAAUUAUGUACCGAAGGCAGCUCCCCUGCCUCGCCCGAGUGCUGGCCCUGGAGGAACAGCAGUGAUGGAUGGGUAAUGGAGUUAUCAACAGGCCUAAAUGGAGGGUAGAAGAGGGCCCAGCUUGGGGAAAUGCAGAGAAGACUGUUUCAUGGACAGAGGGACAAAGAGAGGCUGGGCUCCGUUGACGGAGUGAGAUGCCUACCUAUAGAUAUAGGCAGAUUACAGAGAUUAAAAUUUAACAUGGGAAGGAGAGACGCACAUUUUCCAGGCCUUGGCCUUGUGAAACCUUCUGUCUUGGAAUCUGAACAAGCAGGAGUCUGAGCAUAUCCUUCCCUUAUCAAAAUGGAGACACAACUCAGCCCCAGUCCCAUCCCUUUUGCUUGCAGCUUCCAGAGCACAGGCCCCUGAAUCUUCUAUUUCCUCAUGCUUGGCAGUCCCCUUCCCAUGGAGAAUCUCUGUGUCCUUAGGCAGCCCUGGGUCUGGGCUGGGCUGGCUGAUGUUCAAUAAAGAGGGUUUGCCUCCCCUA